GGGCGGGGCGGGGCGGGGGCGGAGGUAGCGCGGGGGGGGCGUGGCUCCGCUUCCCUCUGCGCCCGCCACGCUGAGACCGGGCCCAACUCAUCGCCGCAGUGGCGGCGCUCGCCGGCUCCUUUAAGCGGCCGUGCCCCAUUGUUUGCACCGCGGCCAAUGGGCGCCCGGCGGCCGCGGCGCGCGCGGCCAAUGGGGCGCGGCGCGGGGCAGCGCGCGCGCCGCCCCCCGGCUCUAUAAGAGGGCCGGCGGCGCCGCGUGAGUUCCCACUGGCUCGCGCAAAGCCAUCUUGGCAUUGUUCUGCCCGCCCGCCCGCGCCGCCGCAGCCCCGCGCGACACAGCCCCGCACGCCCCCGCCAUGUCCGACGCGGCCGUGGACACCAGCGCUGAAAUCUCCGCCAAGGAUCUAAAAGAGAAGAAGGAAGUAGUUGAAGAAACAGAAAAUGGCAGAGAUGCACCAGCCAACGGCAAUGCUGAGAACGAGGAAAACGGAGAGCAGGAGGCUGACAACGAAGUAGACGAAGAGGAGGAGGAAGGUGGUGAAGAAGAGGACGAGGAGGAAGAGGGUGAUGGUGAGGAAGAGGAUGGUGAUGACGAUGAUGAAGCUGAGGGAGCCACAGGCAAACGGGCAGCUGAGGAUGAUGAGGACGACGACGUCGAUCCCAAGAAGCAGAAAACCGAUGAAGAUGACUAGGCAGCAAAUUCUUUUUUCUUUUUUUUUUUUUUUUUUUUUUUUUUUUUUUUAAAAAAGGGAAAA